AUGCUGUUUUUAAUGGACCUCUUGGUGAUGUUGCUGGAUGUGGUGUACUUCAUCCUUAGGUCGUGUGUGAGAAUCGUGCUGCGCCCCCGUACUAAGCCCGUCGACGGCGAGCUGGUUCUGAUAACCGGUUCUGGAGGCGGGCUGGGGCGACUCUUCGCUCUGGAGUUCACCCGGCACGGCGCGGAGGUGGUGCUAUGGGACAUCAACACCAAAACCAACGAGGAGACAGCCAAGCUGGUCCGGGAGCAGGGAGGAAAGGCGCACACCUACACAGUGGACGUCACCAACCCGGAGGAGGUGUACCGUAUGGCCGACCAGGUGAGGCAGGACCUGGGCCGUGACGUGAGUUACCUCAUCAACAACGCGGGUGUGGUGGCUGGAGAACGCCUGCUUGACUGUGCCGACAACAUGGUGGAGAGAACCCUCAAAACAAACUGCCACGCCCUCUUCUGGACUGUGAAGGCUUUCCUGCCCCAGAUGAAGGCAAACAACCACGGCCACAUCAUAACCAUCGCCAGUGUCCUGGGUCUCUUCAGCACCGCAUGUGUGGAGGACUACUGUGCGAGUAAGUUUGCCGCAGUGGGUUUCCACGAGUCGCUGGCGCAUGAGUUGCUCACAGAGGAGAAUGUGGACGGGGUGAAGACUACUCUCGUGUGCCCCUACAUCGUGGAUACUGGCAUGUUUGAUGGCUGUAAAAUUCGGGAGGAGAUUGAACUGAUCCUGGCUCCACUGGAGCCACUGUACUGUGUCCAGCAAGCAAUGAAUGCCAUUCUGAUUGAUCAGCCACUGGUGUGCAUUCCCAGGCUUACGUACCUGCCCUUCCUAGCCAGAGCCCUGUUACCAUGGGAAUCCAACGUGGUGACAUAUCGCUUCAUGGGCUCUGACAAGUGCAUGUAUCCGUUCAUCGAAACCAUGAGGAAACGAGUGGCCAACGGAGCCGUCAACGCCGCCUGA